AUGUCUCAAGGCACUCGACUAGCCGAGAAAGUAGCCAUAGUCACCGGAGGCGGAUCUGGCUUUGGUGCCGCAAUCGCCAUCCGGUAUGCCCAAGAAGGCGCAAAGGUCAUAAUAGGCGACAUAAACGUCGAGGGAGGCGAGAAGGUAGCCUCCAACAACCCUUCCCGCAUCUCCUUUCAGAAGAUGGACGUCACCAGCUCCGACGACUGGAAGGCCGUUCUAGAUUUCACCGUCUCGAAGCACGGGAAGAUAGAUAUCUUGGUGAAUAAUGCUGGAACUACAUAUAAGAACAAACCAUCCGCCGAAGUAACGCUCGACGAAUUCGAUCGCGUCUUCAACGUUAAUGUCAAGAGCAUCUUUCUGGCCUCUCAGCUGUUCAUUCCGAUUCUCAUCAAGCAGGGCCAUGGCGGGUCGAUGAUAAAUAUCUCCUCGACGGGGGCUCAGCGCCCUCGGCCCGGGCUGGUGUGGUACAAUGCUUCGAAGGGGGCGGUGUCAAAUGCCACCAAGGGCCUGGCGGCGGAAUAUGGCAAGUAUCAGGUUCGAGUGAAUAAUGUGUGUCCGCUACUUUCGGGGACGGGCCUAUUUGAGAUGUUCACGGGUAUACCCGAUACUCCCGAGAAUCGGCAGAAGUUUAUUGAUAAUGUGCCGUUAGGGAGGUUGGCGGAGGCAGAAGAUAUUGCGAAUAUGUGUUUAUUCCUUGGCUCGGAUGAGGCGAGGUUUAUUAACGGUGGAGAUUUUGUAGUGGAUGGAGGGAAGUGUAUUUGA